UACUAACGCAGUCUCUUCUCGUUCUUCCACCAGGUCCUGGACAAGACGUCGCCCCUCCUCCGUCAGCAUGGCGGCCCCCGUGGUGAACGACGAGGUCGCCAAGGACCCCGGGGCCCAACAGCCGCACCACCAGGGCUUCUCCGACGAGGACUUCGAAGGCCACCGGGCGGGCUCCGUGUUCGUCGGCGUGCACAUCCCGGGCAACCGCAGACACUCGCACCACCGCCGACACCACAAGCACCGACACGACGAGGACGACGAUGGAGCGGACCGACCCGUGCCCAUGCUGGGCCGCAGGGGCAGCCGCCUGGGCAGCAUAUGCGACGAUGGAGAGACCUUCACGCCGCCGUCGCAGCGGGUGCAGUUCAUCCUGGGGGAGGACGCCGACAACGGCGCCCACGAGCCGCACCCGCUCUUCUCCGAGAUGGGCGAGCUCUUCCACGACGGCGAUGAGGCCGAGUGGCGAGAGACCGCCAGGUGGAUCAAGUUCGAGGAGGACGUGGAGGAGGGCGGCGACCGCUGGUCCAAGCCGCACGUCGCCACCCUCUCGCUGCACUCGCUGUUCGAGCUGCGGUCGCUGCUGCUGCACGGCGCGCUGCUGCUCGACAUGGAGGCCUCGUCCCUCGAGACGGUCGCCGACAUGAUCCUGGACAACCUCGUCAACGCCGAGUCGCUGCCCGAGGACGCCAGGGAGAAGGUCCGGGACACGCUGCUCCGGCGGCACCGGCACCAGCACCAGCGGCGGCGCGAGAACUCCGCCACCAACAUGACCCGCCUGCCCAUCAUCCGCUCGCUCGCGGAGAUCGGACGGAACCACUCCACCUCCAAGAGACCCCCGGAAGCGCAAGCAGGAGAAGCUCAAGGACGACAUCGACCCCGAGCUCCUGGAGCAGAAGCUGCGCGAGGAGUCGGGUCUCUCCCGGACGGGCCGCCUGUUCGGCGGCCUCAUCAACGACCUGAAGCGCAAGAAGCCCUUCUACCUGUCGGACUUCACGGACGCGCUCUCGUCGCAGUGCGUGGCCUCGUGGAUCUUCCUGUACUUCGCCUGCCUCUCGCCCAUCAUCACCUUCGGCGGGCUGCUGAGCGAGGCCACGGGCCGCAACAUGGCCGCCAUGGAGUCGCUCGUGUCGGGCUUCGUGUGCGGCAUCGUCUACGGCCUCUUCUCCGGACAGCCGCUCACCAUCCUGGGCUCCACGGGCCCCGUACUCGUCUUUGAGAGUAUCGUCUACGAGUUCUGCGCGGAGAUGGGGUGGGACUACAUGUCCUUCCGGCUGUGGAUCGGCAUCUGGGUGGUGACGAUCCUCAUCAUCCUCGUGGCCAUCGACGCGAGCGCCUUCGUGUGCUACAUCACGCGCUUCACGGAGGAGAACUUCGCCACCCUCAUCGCCUUCAUCUUCAUCUACAAGGCCGUGGAGAACGUCUUGUCGAUCGGGAAGAGGUUCCCGCUCAACACCCACGGCGGCGUCGAGCUGGACUACGACUGCUCCUGCGUGCCGAGCAACCUCACCUCCUACACGAGCCCCAUCAACUGGUCCAACGUGUCCACGCAGAACUGUCACACGUUCAACGGCACCCUCGUGGGCACGGGCUGCUUCACGCCCAAGUACGUUCCCGACGUGUUCCUCAUGUCCGUCAUCCUGUUCCUCGGCACGUUCAUCCUCUCGGUGCAGCUCAAGGACUUUAAGAACGCCCUCUUCUUCCCCUCCAAGGUGCGCCAGUUCAUCAGCGACUUCGCUGUCAUCAUCGCCAUCAUGUCCAUGUCCUUCCUCGACUACUACGCCGGCGUUAACACACCCAAGCUCGAGGUGCCGAGCGAGUUCAAGCCGACGCUGCCGAACCGCGGCUGGGUCAUCUCGCCGUUCGCCGGCAACCCGAUGUGGUCCAUCCUCGUGGCGCCGCUGCCCGCCAUGCUGGGCACCAUCCUCAUCUUCAUGGACCAGCAGAUCACGGCCGUCAUCGUCAACCGCAAGGAGAACAAGCUGAAGAAGGGCUGCGGCUACCACCUCGACCUGUUCGUGCUCGCCAACCUCAUCCUCAUCUGCUCGCUGAUGGGGCUGCCCUGGUUCGUGGCCGCCACCGUGCUCUCCAUCAACCACGUCAACUCGCUCAAGCUCGAGUCCGAGUGCGCCGCGCCUGGCGAGAAGCCGCACUUCCUGGGAGUGAGGGAGCAGCGCGUCACGCACGUGCUCAUCUUCGUGACCAUCGGGCUGUCGGUGUUUAUCACGCCCGUGCUCUCGCACAUCCCCAUGCCCGUGCUGUUCGGCGUCUUCCUGUACAUGGGCGUGGCCUCCCUCAAGGGCCUCCAGUUCUUCGACCGCAUCCUCAUCAUGUUCAUGCCCGCCAAGUACCAGCCCGACUACAUGUUCCUGCGCCAGGUGCCCAUCCUGCGCGUGCACAUGUUCACGCUCAUCCAGCUCGCCUGCCUCAUCAUGCUGUGGCUCAUCAAGUCCUUCAGCAAGACGUCCAUCCUGUUCCCGCUCAUGCUCGUCGUGAUGAUCGCGAUCAGGAAGGCCCUGGACUUCGUGUUCAUGCGGCGGGAGCUCAAGAUCCUGGACGACAUCAUGCCGGAGACCAUCAAGCGCCGGGAGGACGACCAGCGGCAGCUGGAAACGGCUGACGACGAAAACCUCCAGAUCCCUCUGGCCAACGGCAACAUCAUGAAGAUCCCGCUCGCCUCCAUCAACAUCACCGAGGAGGUGAACAAGACGGGCAUCUGGAAGCAGGUGAACCAGGCGAACUCGCCCACCAAGGACGACCCCAAGAAGGCCAAGGCGGGCGCGGGCAAGAACAGCAGCAGCAAGUCCAAGAAGCGGGGUAACAAGAAGGACGCGCUGCUGGACGAAGAGAACAAAAGACUGUCGACGAUGGCGGAGGAGGAGGACGAGGACGAGGGCAUCACCAUUAAGGUGGGAGGCUCGCCGGCGUGCGGCCUGCCGGCCCUGGCCGUCAACAAGGCGCCCGCGGCCAAGGACCUGGUGCUGGUGACGGAGCCGGGCCCCGGGGCCGGCGGGCCCACCGCCCCGGUGUGAGCCUGUGUAGCAGGCUGCCACAACCCUCCUACCCUACCUACUACCUCUGUCGAUUACGGGCUCCGAACUGGGAGGGGCGUGAAUGGAGCCGAAACCACGGUGUAGUGAGAGCGAGUGGAACCGUCUUGCCCGCGUGGGUGAGGCCGGAUUACCGAAAGGACGCUGUCGAGAAGGGUCGGGCUACGAAGCCGGUCGGUGUUAAGUGGAUUAUCGCAAUUCGAUAAUCGAACUGAUAGUUGUCAAGAAAAUUUAGUAUAGUUAGGGAUGUGCACUUCCGAGUACACUGUUCUGAGACAUCCUAAUUUUGUCGACACAGUUGACACUUCGUCUGGGAACGUCGCCCUCAAGCACGCAGGUCUCUCGUGCAUCAAUAUAGUGGUGAAGCCACAUCAUGGCUGUAAAAUAGGGAAGUGCCAACAAUACAGUGACUGUUACUCGCUUGUAUGAUAAUUGUGAAGUUUAUUUUAAUAUCCAUUGGAAAUAAAUGUACAAAUACUGCGAACUAAAA